AUGGGAUGGCUAAUAGGCUCGCGGGUGGCCAACGGGCACAAGCUAAUAGGGCUAUGGCCGGCAAAUGGACAAGUGGACAUUACUUUAAAUAUGUUGGGAUCCUCGGAUGCCGAAGUUGCGAGUUCAACCUAUCCGGAAUCGAGCCCAGACAUCGGAUACAAUUACUGCCGGCUCUUCAUCAAACACGCAAGUGAGCACAAAGAUGAAGAGAAGAGCAAUGAGGCCAAG